GACCACGUGUCCAGCGCUGCCAACGACUGGACCAUGUGGAGCAGCAAGAUGGCGACGCAGUGGAGAGCCAUAGACUGGUCUUUAAAUACCGGCAACGUGGACUUUCUGAGCACCAGAAGCCCUUGCCAGAUUGGCCCAUGUGGAGGUGACAAUAGUGGAGAGGACAUGGACGCACAGUCCUGUGUGGAACACUCCAUUUUGGCUAUUUUUGAGGAUUCCACCGUUUCAUCAGAGGACACAAGACAAGCAGAGGAAGAGAGCAGUACCUUGCUCUCGGCCCUGACUCAGAUGUUAGAAUGUGUGGAGGAUGAUGUCAGUAGCAGUCUUUCUCCCUUUGACACCAUUCCAGACACCAAGCUCCUCAACUAUCAGGAGUUGGGGCACAGCAUGACAACAGAUGGAGCCUUUGGCACUAAACUUAGACCGAGAGCCAAGAAUGAUGCAGGGAAAGAAGAAAAGAGCAAAGUAGCCAGAUUUCAGCCAGUGUUCCGACAACAAAGUCAGACAUUGUUUCAAGGCCCCAAAAAGAGAGCAGAUACCGAAGUGGAUGUCUUCACUUCCUCUUCUGUGGUCAACCUAGUGAAACUCAUGCACCCAUAUUGCCUUAAGGUGCACGUGGAGGAGGAGAGCAAGGGCCACCGAAGCACAGCUGGACUACCACCAUCACCCUGGAGCAAACUAGAAGAGAAACACACAUUAUUCUCCCAGGGAGAAGUAUGGAAGUAUGAGAAGCCAACUGGAGACAGUGACGAAGAUAUAAAUGUUGUAUCUGAUGAUGAUGAUGAUGUUGAUAAUGAUCAUGAUACACGUCUGAAAGGGACAGAGGACAAACAGGGCGUUGCAAAAAAUGAUAGCAGCACACUGCUAAAAAGUGCACUGCUCACUAGCAAAUCAUCGAAAGGUCUGUUCUCCAAGGAAAAGAAGAGAGUCCGCUUUGGCCCUGUUCAAGUGGCUUCAUUUGAUCAGUCUGUGGAAGCUGAAUUAUUCACAGAGAAGGAUCUCCAGAGUGUAGUCUCUGCAGAUACACCCGAAGGUUCAGCUUGUCCGGCACUUGUAGCCCCAGCGGCAGUGUCUAUAUCAGUAGACGUAGAUGACAAGGCUGAAGAGCAACUGCCAAAAAGUAAAGCCAAAUCACUAAGCCUCCAAGAGUAUAGACAGCUGCGGCAGAAAAGGCAGCCUCUGCUGGAGAAGCAGCCGAACUACACCACCAAGUGGCCUUAUGUUCCCCUGCCUCCCAAAGAACUGACCCCGAUUAUCCUUUCACAUGGGCAGAGACAAACCCUCUGUGCGAUAAAGUCUUCGCGCCAUAGCACAGAACAGUCCAGAAUAAGUACACAUCUACCCCAAAGAGCUACUUGUCAUCAUCCCCCAAUACCAGUAAAGAAAAAGCCAUGUUUUGCUGGGAAGCAUCACAGAUUCAAAUAUCUUCAAACUGAAUCUAAAAGCACUUCAUGUGAUGUUCCUAAGUCCAAUGACGAGUCCAAUAAUGCCCUUCUUAAUGGAGCUGCAAGCAGGAAAAAUUCAUUGAAGAAUCCAGCACUUCUCAGCACUGAUCCCCCAAACCCUGUCCUCAUUCGCCUGCCUGUUAACCAGACACCUGCCCCAUCAGAUUCUCCGUCUUCAGCUGUGUCCACUGUUUUACCCUCACUUGCAGUAUCACAAAUACAUAUCUCCACAGAGAAACCUCAGCCAAGUCGGCAAGUGGAGAGCAAAUGCCCGCUCACGGCUCCAACAAGUUCAGAAUGUAGGAAACCACAAAACCUCAUGCUAGUGCCAAAGAUUUCUCAUUCACUAAGUCCAGGGCCUGUCAACCGUGACCAAGGUCAGCCAGUCAGGGAACAAUUACCAGAGGAUCCCUUAAAAUCUUCUCCUCCCAAGAAACCAAUACCAUUACUUCAACAUACCUGUAGUGACCAAAGUGCUGCACCUGAGUCAGGGAUUGAAGCCUGUGACCUUACCAGCUUGUUAGAACAGUUUGAAGAGAAACAAGCUAAAGAGGAAGAAGAGGCUCAGCCCGGAUCCUUUUCAAAUGCUUUACCCUCAUUUCAGCACAAAGACACGGAAAGGACCUCCACGCUAUUACAGACCUCCACUAAGGAACAGCAACCUGUCAGAACUUUGUACUCAGUCACAUCAAAGAGCUCCAUAAAUAAUCUGGAGCGCCAAAGAAAGUUUGAACAGGUCACUCCCGAGUCUCUCGGCACUGAAGUCAUCCUCGGUACUGAGGAAGUUGUCAAUGUGAGACGGAAAACACCGCCAUCCAAGGGGAUUCAGAUCAUUGAUCCACGCCCUCUGCCAUCCAGGAGGGCUACAGAGCUCACGCCAUCUCCUCACACUGGUUGGUCAGUGUCCACAGAUCACAAUUACUCCGUGCCUGUGGAUCCUUUGCAUCCAAGAGCUCCUUCUUCUCUUCUCAAGAAUACUUGUGAAAUCGAGGAUGCCUCUAUCAGGAAAAGUGAGUCUCCCAUCAGAGCUGAGGAGAAAUACACGUCAGGGUCAUCCACACGCACACUUCUGGCCCCUUCACUUACACCUCCACCCAGCCCUCCAAGUAGAGGACGAGAGAAGAAGAGAUACCCGAGAAGAUCGCCCCUCUCGGACAGCUCUUGUUCAUCGUUGUCAUCCUCAUCCAGCUAUGCAUCCUGCUCCCCAAAAAGACGAAGGUCCCAUCGCAAGCGCUCAGGAAGCAGGUCGUGGUCUUCGUCCCCUUCUCGCUCCGUCUCCCGUUCCCCACCUCGGCGACAUAAGCUGUCUUCUACACGUUUGAAAUUUAAUAGAUCGAGAUCCCGAUCAUGGUCUCGCUCCAGGUCACCAUCCCCUUCCUCGACAAAUUUCCGUACGCGCAGGAGAAACAUUUACAGCAGCGAGUCCUGGAAGAUCAAGAGGGAGAACAAGGCGCGGCUUCAGAAGCUGAAAGCCAUAGAUGAGCGCAGAGUUGUGUAUGUCGGCCGCAUCCGUAGGUCCAUGACGCAUGAUGAACUGCGAGAACGCUUCUCUCAUUUUGGAGAGGUGGAAUGUGUGUCACUGCACUUUAGAGAUAAAGGUGACCAUUACGGGUUUGUUACAUUCUACAACACGGAUGAUGCAUUUGCAGCCAUCGACAACGGUGGGAAACUAAGAAGGCCUGAUGAGCUCCCCUUUGACAUCUGCUUUGGUGGAAGAAGACAGUUUUGUAACUCCGACUAUGCUGAUCUCGAUGCAAAAGCGGAUGCAGAGUCGUCUCCAGUCAAGAGCAGGUUCCAGGAACUUGACUUCGAUUCGUUACUGAAACAAGCCCAAAGAGGACUGAGGUAGCAGAGCAGAGUGGAAGAGAGUUGAACAGAGAGAAAGAGCCAUGAACCUAAGAGCUUCUCGCAAACAUUUGCGCUUACUCCACUUGUGCACAAUCUUUUGGACGUUGUACUCACUGGGCCCCGUUCACAAAUCGUGUGAAUGUGUAGAUUUGUGCUCAAAUCACGCAUAUGCAGGUUUGAUGGGAAAACGUGGGAUUUAUCAAUAUGUUCGCACUUGUCCCCCCCUUUCCCCUUAUCUGCAAACAAAUUUAGAACAUCCUUAGCCCAACUGUACGCACAAAUAAUGCAGGAUCAUCUAUCUAACAUACGUUAAACAUCUUCAACCCAAGUUGCACAUCAUACCGGAACUAUUAAUUCAUAAAAAUAACUUUGUUGACAAUAACUCAAGCAAGAAAUUUGUUAAUGGGUGGACUGUCCUCAAUAGCUCGUAAUUAAAAGGACACGUCUAAUCACUUUUAUCCUUGUCCCGUUUAAGCACUUUGUUGUACAGUAGGAAAUGUGCACGUAUGUGUGUCCCUCACUAAUGCGAUCAGACCGAUCUCAUUUUCUAGUUUUUACCUGAGGCUUCAGUAUUCUAAUACCAGGCCAACAUGAUUAAUACGUUUUUAGGUGAUUCUGCUUGUGCGGAGGUGAUGGGAAUCAAUCUGUUCACACCCCCUGCUGACGCAUGGAGUCCAGCCCCAGUAUUGUGAAUAUGAAGACCCUUUAAAAAAAAAAAA